GUUGGCAUCAUCUUGCACUACUCCUCUCUCUCCACCAUGCUUUGGCUGGUGUUCACUGCCAGGAAUAUUUGUAGAGAGGUCUCUAAGGCUCCGCCCCCACCUCAGGGCAGGGAUCCACCCACACAGGCCCGCCCCAAAGCCACCUUGUUCAGAUUUUAUGUGGUCAGUGGUGGGGUCCCCCUCAUUAUUGUGGGGGUCACAGCUGCUGUUAGCCUGGACAACUACGGGAGCAGAGACGAUGCCCCUUAUUGUUGGAUGGCGUGGGAACCAAGUCUAGGAGGCUUUUAUGGCCCCACUGCCUUCUUGGUCCUGGUGAUGUGUGUGUACUUCCUGUGCACAUUUGUGCAGCUGAAGCGACACCCUGAGCGCAAGUAUGAGCUGAAGGCUAUGACCGAAGAGCAGCAGCGGCUGGCCACUGCUGAGAUGGGCCACUGCCACGCCGGAGAGCACGGAGAACAUGGGGACCAUUCAGGCUGCACAGCCAUCACUGCUUCCAUGCUGGCCAAUGAGCACUCCUUUAAGGCCCAGUUGCGGGCCACCGCCUUCACGCUCUUCCUCUUCCUUGCCACGUGGGCCUUCGGGGCACUGGCUGUAUCACAGGGCCACUUCCUGGACAUGAUCUUUAGCUGCUUGUAUGGAGCAUUUUCUGUCACGUUGGGGCUCUUCCUGCUGAUCCAGCACUGUGCCAAACGGGAUGAUGUGUGGCAUCGCUGGUGGGCCUGCUGUCCCUCCAAACCGAAAGUUGAGGUGAAUGGAGAGGCAGCAGGCAAUGCUGUUACUCAAAUUCAAAGCCACACCCCUCCUUCCCACAGCCAGACUCAAAUCCACUGUCCAGCAGAUCCGCCUUGCCCUGCUAAACCUUUACUCUCCCCUCACCUCCACACUUCUUCACCCCACUGCAAGCUUGGCACCUUGCCCUCCAGUCAGAACCAUGCUAGUACCUGCUGCGCUGCUCUGCACACCUCAUCCCCCAUGCUAGGCGGCUCCUCUCGCCCUCAGUCGCUUCCUGAUGAACUGCCCCGGCCCACUCUCCCCCUUCAGAGUUGCCUGAAGGAUAGAACUAAGUCACGCUCCUUCAACAGGCCACGCCCCUGCCUCAGGGACUACGCCUACCACAUGGCUUCCACCAGCAUGGACGGCAGUGUGCACAGCUCGCACCUGGACAGUCCCCACAGUGUCCACCUAGACAACCCGCUCACUUGCCAUACUUCACACCUGGACAGCCAGCUGUCCUGCCACAGCCCUCAUCCGGAGAACCAGCUGCGCUGUCCCAGCCCUAGCCCACACCUGGAGGGCCUGGCCUCGCACAGCCUGCACGACAGCAUAUCCUGCCAUAGCGUGCACCUGGACCUGGACGGACACGAUGGACACACCUGCCACAGGCACACCUGUUGUACCAAGGCUGACCCUUUCUCCAACUUCUGCUGCCCCAAAGCAGACCCCUUUGCCAGCACUUGCCAGCCGGAGGAUGCUGACCCGAGUUCCCUAAUGUACAGCAGCGCUAAAACGGCUGAUAAAGAGGAGGACGUCGUGCUGCACUUGGAUAUCCCCCCUCCGCGGGCCGCCCUGUCCUGCUCUCAGGCAACUCUCAGCAGAAAGGGCACCCUCAGCCGCAGAGGGACGCUGAGCCGCAAUGGCAGCCUGCAUGAGGACUACGCCUUCAGCUCAGAUGCCACAGGUAACAUUAGGACAGGGCCGUGGAAAAACGAGACCACUGUGUAG